CAGUGUUGUGCUCAGCAAUGUAAAAGUUUCGUUCGCCAUUAGCUCAUUCCAAUGUGAAACAACAUUGGCCUAAGCUUGUUGUAACAUUUAUCAAAUUUGAAAAGUCCAAAAAAGCAAAAUGAAAUUUUGGUCAAAACAGUAGUCAAGACGGUCAUGGGUUCAUAUCCCAAUCUUGACAUAUGAUUUUUAUUUUUCUGAUAUUUCUUUUUCCUAAUUCGUACUCUUUUGUUUUUUUUCUUUAAUUGGGGCAUUUGCUUCAUCGCAUUCCUCACUCUCUCUAUAGUCUCUUCUCUUCAGACUCUUCUCUCGAGCAAAGCGUUGCUUCUUCGCCGUGUUUCGCUUCGUUCCCUAGUCUAACGUAAGCUCACGAUUUCUUCUAUACUCUGUUUUCACAGGUGAAGGAGGUAGGAGGAUGGGUAUUUCAUCUGACGAUGAGUGUGAGAUCAGCGAGUCUGAGAUUGAUGACUAUUCCGAAACACCCUACAUGCUAUUGCAGAACGGGAGCUACAAGGUUAAAGUGAAUGGACAGCUGAGAUGCCCCUUCUGUUCUGGAAAGAAGAAGCAAGAUUACAAGUACAAGGAGUUAUACGCACAUGCUUCUGGGGUUUCCAAAGGAUCUGCCACUCGAAGUGCUAAACAGAAGGCCAAUCACCUCGCUUUGGCUAAGUUUUUAGAGAAUGAGCUUGCUGGUCAUGCUGAACCUGCUCCACGCCCUCCACCAGUUCCUCCUCAGUUUGAGGAGACAGUUGAACCAAACCCCCGUGACGUCUAUGUCUGGCCAUGGAUGGGGAUUGUUCUUAAUCCUUUGACAGACACUGAUGACAAGGAAGCUUUACUUAGUUCUGAGUAUUGGUUGAAUAGGCUUUCAAAAUUCAAGCCUGUUGAGGUCAAUGCCUUUUGGGUCGAACAAGAUUCGAUUGUUGGGGUUAUUGCUAAGUUUACCAGCGACUGGGGUGGAUUCGCAUGUGCCACAGAGCUUGAAAAGGAAUUUGAGAACCAAGGGCACAGCAAAAAGGAGUGGACUGAGAGGACUGGAGAUUCUGAGUCUAAGGCCUAUGGUUGGUGUGCACGUGCACAAGACUAUUACUCUCAAGGUCCAAUAGGUGAGUACCUCUCCAGGGAAGGAAAGCUAAGAACAGUUUCAGAUAUUUCGCAAGAAAAAGAGCAGGAUAGAAACAUUGUUCUGGAUGAACUUACAAAGAUGAUUGCUAUGACUAACGAUGAUCUGAGCAAGGUCCAAUACAGUUACCACAGGACGGCUAUGUCAUUGCAGAGGGUCCUAGAUGAGAAAAGAAAUUUGCAUGAAGCUUUUGCUAACGAAACAAAGAAGAUGCAGGAGACGUCGCGUCGCCAUAUCCAGAGGGUCCUAUAUGACAAAGAUAAGCUAAGCGAUGAACUGGAUCGUAAGAUGCGGGACUUGGAGUCUCGGGCCAAACAAUUGGAAAAACAGGAAGCACUAACUGAACUGGAGAGACAAAAGCUUGAUGAAGAAAAGAAAAAGAGUGAGGCUAUGAACAAAUCCCUGCUGUUAGCUUCGCGUGAGCAAAAAAAGGCCGACGAAAGUGUCUUGAGACUUGUAGAAGAGCAUAAGAGGCAAAACGAAGACGCUUUGAACAAGAUUCUUCUGCUCGAGAAGCAGCUAGACACCAAACAGACACUGGAAAUGGAAAUUCAAGAGCUGAAAGGCAAAUUGCAAGUGAUGAAGCAUUUGGGGAAUGAUGAUGAUGAGGCGGUCAAGAAGAAAAUGCAAGAGAUGAAUGAUGAGCUGGAGGAGAAAAAAUCUGAGUUAGAAGGGCUAGAGCAGAUGAACUCAGACUUGAUGACGAAAGAACGUCAAAGCAAUGAUGAGAUACAAGCAGCACGGAAAAAAUUGAUUACGGGUUUGAUAGGACUGUUGGGUGCCGAAACCGAUAUCGGAGUAAAAAGAAUGGGGGAAGUUGAUGAAAAACCUUUCCUGAAUGUUUGCAAGCUGAGAUACUCUGCAAAUGAAGCUACGGUUGAAGCUGCCACCCUUUGCUCUACAUGGCAAGAGAACCUCAAGAAUCCAUCGUGGCAUCCAUUCAAACGUGUAGGAAGUGGGGGCAGAGUGAAGGAAGUGGUGGACGAGGAGGAUGAGCAGCUGAAGAAGCUUAAAAGAGAGUGGGGAGAAGCGGUGCAUAACGCAGUUAAAACAGCUCUUGAGGAGAUGAAUGAGUAUAAUGCAAGUGGUCGGUACGCAACUCCAGAACUGUGGAACUUCAAAGAAGGAAGAAAAGCAACACUGAAGGAAGUGAUUUCCUUCAUUUCAGAAAACAUCAAAACGCUGAAACGCAAAAGGACCUGAAGGAUGGAGGAGUAAGAAGAAGAAGAAGAAGUUGAAAUGGUUGAGGUUUUUGUGUAUUAAGAUAACUGAGAAUGGAUGUUAAAAUAAAUAAUUAGGAGGCUCAUAUGCUCUCUCAGCUCUCUGUAUCAAGAGACUAAUUUUCUUCCACUUGUAUCUUUUUGAAAGAUUUGUAACAGUUAAUGUAACCAGUGGCUUUUCUUGAUAA